AAUAUGCAGUAGAAUUGAUAUGUUAAUAAGUAAAUACAUUUGUGAAGAGAUGAAUAGAAUUUGUAAAAAUAGAAGAUAGGAGUUAUGGGUUUGAAGAGGUGUAUGGUGGCAGGUCUGGUAGAAGUGAGAGGGGAAGAGGAAAAAGUAGGAAAGAAAAGUAACAGAAUAAAAUAAAAUAAAAAUAAAUAAAAAAGUUACAGGAAAAAUGAGAAGUUUUAUUGGUUCAGAGUAUUUACAUCCUGUCUUUAUAGAAUGAACAUAAGAAAAGGAAAACUCACAGAUUUCCGAGGAAGAACGGAAAGAUCGCAAUCUUCGGUCUCUACACAAUACAUAGAACCAACGACAAAUAUUCUCCUUUUUUUAGCAUAUUUUAUUCAUCUUUUGAUACAUUCAGGACAUGGCCUUUUACAAGAGUUUAUGCGGGGUUAUGAAAGGAGACAUUAAAUAUGUUGAGCAAUUUAUUGCAGAAAAUCAACAAGCAAUCAAUGAAGAAGACCCCGGAGGUAGAACAGCUUUACAUAGGGCUGUCAGUGUUGGAAAUGUUGACAUGGUAGAACUGUUGCUGCAAGGUGGAGCUGAUAUCAAUUUGGUGGAUAAAAUGUGUAGAGGAACACCUCUACAUGUGGCUUGUGGUCGUGGACAAAUUGAAAUGGUGGAGAUGUUGUUGAGGUCAGCACCUGAUGUCAAUGUGGGGGAUAAGUAUAGUAACACACCACUUCAUGUAGCUUCUGAAGGUGAAAAAAUUGACAUAGUGGAGUUGUUGUUGAAGUCCAAACAUGAUGCCAAUGUAGCAAAUAUUUAUGGUGACACACCUCUACAUGUGGCCUGCCGUGGCAGGCACAGUAGUGCAGUAAAAAUGUUCCUGCAAUCUAAACCUGAUGCGAAUGCGGUGAACAAAGAGGGUAACACACCCCUGCACUUGGCCUGUUUAGGAGGACAUCAUGACAUGGUAGAGAUGGUGUUAGCAUCUGAACCCGAUGUUAGGAUGAAGAACAACGAUGGUAACACACCCCUGCACUUGGCCUGUUUAGGAGGACAUCACAACAUGGUAGAGAUGUUGUUAGCAUCUAAACAUAAUGUCAGGAUGACAAACAAUGAUGGUAACACACCUAUGCACUUGGCCUGUUUAGGAGGACAUCACAACAUGGUAGAGAUGUUGUUAGCAUCUAAACAUGAUGUCAGGAUGACAAACAAUGAUGGUAACACACCUAUGCACUUGGCCUGUUUAGGAGGACAUCACAACAUGGUAGAGAUGUUGUUAGCAUCUAAACAUGAUGUCAGGAUGACAAACAAUGAUGGUAACACACCUAUGCACUUGGCCUGUGGUGGUGGAUGCAGUGGUUUAGUUGCACUGUUGAUGAAGUCUACCCCUGAUGUCAAUGCGCAGAAUGUGUUUGGCUCCACACCUCUGCACAUGGCCUGUGGUAGUGGAAACACUGCCAUCGUGAAGUUGUUGACAACUUCCUCUAAGCCUGAUGUCAAUACGGAGGAUGAAAAUGGCAAUACACCGCUGCAUGUGACUUGCUGUGGUGGGCACAGGGACAUUCUGAAAGUAUUAAUGCAGCUUAAAGCUGAUGUCAAUGCGACGAAUAAAUAUGGUGAUACAGCCCUACAUGUGGCUUGUCGAGGUGGACAUAGUGACACAGUUAGAGAGUUAAUACUUUCAGAACCUAAUGUUAAUCUAAGGAAUAAGUACGGUCACACACCUCUACAUGAGGUGUGUCAUUGUGGACACAGUGAUACUCUACAGGUGUUCCUACAAUCCAGACCUAAUAUCAAUGUAGCAGACAAGAAAGGCAUUACACCUUUACAUCUGGUCUGUCACCAUGGAGAUAAUCUCAUAGCAAAGCGGUUAAUGGAGUUUAAACCUGAUAUCAAUGUGCUGACCAGUAAUGGUAACACACCUUUACACCUGGCCUGUAGGGGUGGUCGCAUUGCUACAGUUGCGACGUUGAUAAAGUUUACUUCUGAUGUCAAUGUGAUGAAUAACGAUGGUAGCACACCUCUACAUCUGGCAGUUUUAGGGCAACACUAUGAUGUAGUGGCCUUGAUGCUCACCCAGUUUUGCUCCAAACUUGGCUUGAGUAAGGAAGACAAAGUUCCUGGGAGAGUAGUGGAACGCUUUCUAACAGAUAAAAGAAAUAAAGUUUAUGAAAACUACAGCAAUGUGACACCACUUGACAUCAUAAAAGAUCCAGAUUUUAAGAAGAAAAUAAAUGGAUUUUUCUCACCUGAGGAUAAAUGUGUGCUGUGUGGAGAUAACCAGGUCACUGUGAAAUUCCUUCCAUGUGGACACAAAAGAACAUGUAGGGAAUGCUCUAAAAUUAGACUGAGAAAGUGUCCCCAGUGUCGACAACCAGUAACAACCAAAAAUGGAUUCGAUUCUCACAAACUGGAGAAAAGGGACUUGCAAAAGAUAGCAAAAGUAUUACCAAAUAAAUGGCAGCAAGUUGGGAUUUUCUUAAAAAUUGAAAUAGAUGAACUGGCAGCAAUUGAGAAUAACUUUCCUAGUGAUCCGGAAGAACAGAGUUACCGAAUGUUAAAGAAGUGGUUUAAGAGUUGUAAUUCAAAGGGAAGCAAAUUUCGUAUUCUGAGAGAUGCUCUAGAAGAAGCAGAGUGUUUUCAAGCAAUUAAAUAUCUAUUUUCACUCAAAAGCUAACUUUGAUAUAAAUAUUGCUCAUGAUUAUAUUGCAGCAGAAUUAUAUUUAUCAUUCGGUUGUUUUGCUUUAAAUACCCCAACACCAGCUCAUACGUGUGUUUGCUACAAAUGGUCACACAACCUAGUCACUUGAUGGUUGAGUUUUUCUGGCUUUAUGUGGGCUAUCCAGUCCCAUCAGGUGAUAGACCAGCCAAGCGCAGGCAAAUUGUGUUUGUUCACUGGAGCCCACCUUCAGCUUUAAAAUGAAGAAUUUUUUCCGCUAUUCUUCAGUGAGGUGGAAUGCAUGAUUGAGUUCAGAUUUUGGUCUGGAGACAGGAGAGUUAUUCAGCAGAGAGCUUUGACAUAUUGUUUUGUUCCAUCCAGCACACAUAAUCAAGUUCCAACUGCACGAGGAACCA